AACAGCGAUUCUGUAUAUCAAGCUAUGGGCAACACUAAAAACGUAACGGGCAGUGCUAGAGAAGAAAAAAAUGAGCUAAACGAAAUAAGAAGUGGAUCAGCUGUCUCGCUCGCACUCGCAAAGGAGGUUACGCUGGAGUUCGAAGGGAAGUCAUGUGCGCGCAUUUGGGUAAGCCAACUCAAAAGCGUUGCAGCCAUGUGCAAGCUUGAUGAGGAGUCGCUUCGUAUGCUAUUAGCCAUAAAAUUAAAAGGAAAUGCUCAGCACUGGCUCCAUGCAAACCCGACUCGCUUGCGUGAGCCUUUCCAAACACUGUGCGACCAAUUGAUAUUAGCAUUCGGCACUGGAGCUUCGAAGGCGGAGCUACGACGAAAGUUUGAGCAGCGUAAAUGGCAACAAAAUGAGCGUUUUACAGUGUAUUUCGAGGAAAAGAUCGUUUUAGCGCAAUCGAUCAAAUUGGACAACGAUGAGCUCUUGGAACAGAUCAUCGAAGGAAUACCGUCGCUGAACUUACGUAACCAAGCGCGUAUUCAGAGAUUCGGAGAUCCAGAACAAAUGUUACAAGCCUUUGCGCACAUAUGUCUUCCGAAGUACGAUGGAAUGGGAGGCACCAAGACGACGGAGGAGGAUAACAACAGGCGAUGCCACAACUGUAAUUCCAGAGGUCAUCUUGCCAAGGAGUGCCGCAAGCCGAAGAGGGAGCCGGGAUCAUGCUAUGCGUGCGGAGAGAUGGGUCAUUUCAUAGCGGAAUGCAAGAAGAAGAAGAAGGGUGUUGGUGUACUCAACGUAAACACCGGGCUCAACAACAAUUAUAAUGCCUCAUAGACUCAGGAAGCCCUAUUUCAUUUCUGAAGAAAUCAUCAUUUCCAUUGAAUAUACCACUGGAUAAACCGGUCAAUAAUCUCUAUGUUGGAAUCAAUAAAAGCAAAUUAAAUACAUUUGGAAUAGUAUCUUGUUUUGUAACGAAAAGAAAAAUAAAAUUUAAUUUUGAUUUACUAAUAGUCGACGAUGAGUCUAUGAGUUAUGAAGCAGUGUUAGGUAGGGACUUCAUGCAUACAUGCGGCAUAAAUUUCAAUUUAGAGGCCCUAAAAGAUUUCGAUGCCAUAAAAAAGAAAGAUAACGCAAAGUUUUCCGAACAAUCACAUAUGGUUAGUCAACGGAAAACAGAAACCUCUACCCACACUGUAAGAUAUGAGUCUAGUCUACAGCCACUGUUAAAAGCAGAAACUGUUAACUGUCCGGUGUUAAGCAGCGAAACUUUUAGGGGACAGACUGCGACUGUUAAGCAACAACUGUUAGAGACACACCCUGUUAACGAUAACAGAUUGUACGAUGAAUCACAGCUGUUAGGAAAUGUUUAUGAUAAAUCACAACUGUUAGGAGAUAAUUAUGCCAAAUCACAACUGUUAAGAGACAAUGAU